AUGAGUGGCAACAGCGAGACUCUACGCGAGAUACUGCUCCGUGCCGCCCUCAAGCACACCUGUUUUACCCUGGACUUGACUGUACAUAGCAUGGAUAUACAUCACUGGCAUUUUGGUCUUGUUAAGGGUUAUGGUUAUGAUGUUUUCAACACAUGUUUUCGCAUCCUCGUUCUGGCACACUUUGACAUCGAUGGCAUAUGUGCGAGUAAAAUCCUACAGUCUCUCUUCCGCACCGACCACAUCCUGUACACGGUGGUGCCCAUCAAGACGAGAACGGACCUCAUAAAGGCCUAUCAACAACAUGCUGAACAGAUCAAGCAUAUCGUCUUGCUAAAUUGUGGUGGAUGUGUAGACAUUGUGGACAUUCUCCAACCACCUGAAGAUAUUGUUUUCUUUGUAGCUGACAACCAUAGACCCCUUGAUAUCUGCAACAUUUACAAUGCUGAUCAGGUCCGAAUCUUGACAAAAUUAGGAGAUGAUGAAGAGGUUCCAGCGUUUGAUGAUAUCUUCCGAGAGGAUGAGAGUGAUGAGGAAGAAGAGAGUGACGAGGAGGGUGGCAAGAGGCAGAGAUUUGAUGAGGCAGCUCUUGAAAGGCGAAGAGCAAGGCGUCAGUGGGAACAGCAACGGCACAAGAUUUUAUUUGAUUAUACGCAGUUCUCAUACUAUGGAAGCUCGACUGCUUCCUUGAUGUUUGACAUUGCCUGGAAACUUUCCAAAGAUUCCAAUGAAUUACUAUGGUGGGCCAUUGUAGGGGAAAGUGAAUUGUUAAUGUCAGACAGAAUUGAGCAAGAUAAAUACCUGUUGGUAGCGGCAGAACUCCAGAACCAUGUCUCCCGUCUCAAUCACAAAAGUCAAGAUGAACAACCACUUGAUUGUUUGAGGAUCACAUUUGAAAAAGAAUUACAGCUGGGCCUUUACCGUCACUGGAGUUUAGUGGAGAGUAUGCGACACUCACUCUAUACUGCCACCACAUUAAAGUUGUGGACUUUGAAAGGAGAGAAGAGACUUCAUGAACUUUUGGCAGAAAUGGGACUUCCUUUGUCACAGUGCAAACAGAAAUACUGUGGAAUGGAUGUUGCACUUCGCAAGGAACUCCAGUCCCUUCUAGAAUCAAAAGCAGAAAAGUAUGGUUUAGACAAUCUUCUUUUUGCAUCAUUUACUUUGUCACAUGGAUUUCGAAGUAAAUACAGUGCCUCAGAUUAUGUGUAUGCAACAUUAGCUUUAUUGGAGACGUCAGAUGAUGAGAGAACAGCAGCUGAUGCCUUUCUUGAUGUUACAGAUAGUCUUAGCAUUACGAAGUUAUCACUGCUGGAGAAGGGUAUUGAAACCAGCAAACAGCAGCUAGAAGCAGUGUAUCGGCAAAUGCAAACAUUCCUGGACAUGAACCAAGUGAUAUCUGCAGGACCUUUCCUUUAUGCUACUGUUAUUGAGGGAACUCCAGAUGCCAAGUUCUUUUCCGCCCCACAUUGCAUCUCCCUUUUAGCACGAUUUACCUUGAGGGCGCACGUAGCAGUAUCUCGCAGUAAGAAGUCUCGCUCGUUGCCACUCAUCAUUACAACACCAGAUGUGAAAACAAUGGAGUCUAACAUGUGUCUUGUUUGUGGAAUUCCACCCGUCUCAGAGGAAUCGCCAAGAAACUUCUUUGGAAAAGCCUUUGAACAAGCUGCAGACAAAACCGGUUCCAAAGCAGAAUUAGAAUUUUUUGACACAAAUAUUAUACGACUGAGUGUGGAUGAUCGUAGUAAGUUCUUUGAUGCACUUAUCUCACUGCUCAGCUAAAGGUCUUAUGAUUUAUGGUUAGUAUUUCAUUAAGGAGGAGAAUGUGAAGAUCUUUAUUCAAAGUAGAUUAGUACUUAAAAUUUUGAUAUCAUAACAUCUUUGUGUGAACAGGUUUUGAAGCUUCGAGUGCUUCCUUUGUGUUUAUUUGGAUUUUCAGUAUAGAAUGAAUUUAUUUAUGCCAUGCUCUUAUUGUAGAAGAUAUUUUUUUUUUUUUCUAAUUGGUCUCAGAAGUGCAAGGCAAAUAAUAACUUGGUGUAUAUAUCAUGUAUUUAAAAUAUUAUGUUUUAGUUUUUCAUCUAUUUUUAUAUUUUUUUUAAGAACAUUUAAAUUGAUAGGCAGAUAGAUGACUAGUGAAAUAACCAAAGAAUUAAGCUCUAUCUUGUCACAAUGAAUGAGACAGGAGAAACGGUAAAAGACAAUGAUAUUUUGUAAACUGUUUUAAUCAUUUGUAAAUGAAAUCAUUUGAUAUCAGUAACCUAUGAAUGAAGAUUUCCCAGAGAAUUUGGUAAAUACAGAGUAUAUAUCAUGACAUAUAGAAUAUAUAUUUACAUGACCAAAAUAUAGAAAAUGAAGAGUGCUUGUAUUUCAUGGGGCAAGAUAAUACCUUGAUUAUUUUUAUUUUAUUUAGUUACUAAUUAAUUUGCUUUGUAUAACAAAUACUGUAUGAAGUAAAUGGUUUGAGAAGAGGGAUUUACAUUUCUUCUACUUAAGAAUGAUUGUUUUCACUUAAAAACAAAUUAACAACAAAAUGUCUGUUAUACAUGAUGGACUACCAUGUAGUAGUACAGUAUGUAAGGAGCCCAGUGGAGAAGCAAAAUAUAGUCCUUUACAAAACAAAGUCAAUAAAUUUCAGACUAGGUGAUAUAUACUGCAGAACAUCAGCCGCACAGUUAGACUAGAGUCUAUGAGAUAGAGUGAAUGAUUUCAACAGUGUAUGGGACUGGUUUAUGUUUAUAAUGUUUGCAAUUAUAUAUUGCAUUAAACUGUGAUAUGCAAUUGGUAUAUUCUGUAUAUUAUAUGCUUCAUCAUUAAUGAAUUGUCUUUCUAUAUUAUGCAACCCCCCUUUUUUUUUUAAUAACAUUCUUGGAGUUCAGUUUUUGUAUUUUAAAAUGUU